GGCGUCCUGCUUUGCGCUUGUCAGCCGGAGGAUCCAGUUACUGUAGCUGGUGCAAUGAAAAUAUCUGCGCCGGUGGGUGGAUAUGUGGCUCCGGUUCCAUCAUUUUUCCAAACAGCGAGUGAGAGAGGGAGCGCCAUUGAAGAUGGCGUGUGAUAUAUGCUAUGGCUUGCAGCCAGCAUACAUGUCUUAGGAGCUAGCUGCUGGCCACCUCUGUGCACCUUUUAGCUGGGACCCCUCUUUCAGAGCCCCGAGCCCCUCACCCAGCUGUCAUUUAACUUCAUGAAGAUUCCUGACAUUGGUGAUGUAAUGAAUAAAUUUGAAGUCCUUGGGAUUGUAGGUGAAGGUGCCUAUGGUGUUGUUCUGAAAUGCAGACACAAAGAGACCAAUGAAAUUGUGGCCAUUAAGAAAUUCAAAGACAGCGAAGAGAAUGAGGAGGUCAAAGAAACCACGCUGCGGGAGCUCAAGAUGCUCCGCACCCUCAAGCAGGAGAACAUUGUCGAAUUGAAGGAGGCUUUCCGCAGGAGGGGAAAGCUCUAUCUCGUCUUUGAGUAUGUGGAGAAGAACAUGCUUGAGUUGCUGGAGGAGUUACCCAAUGGUGUGCCGCUUGAGAAAGUCCGCAGUUACAUUUACCAGUUGAUCAAAGCAAUUCACUGGUGCCAUAAGAAUGACAUUGUUCACAGGGAUAUAAAGCCAGAGAACCUCCUCAUCAGCUCCAAUGACAUCCUCAAGUUGUGUGAUUUUGGCUUUGCACGUAAUCUCUCUGAAGGGAAUGAUGCCAAUUAUACAGAGUAUGUGGCCACUAGAUGGUACCGCUCUCCAGAGCUCCUGCUGGGGGCUCCAUACGGCAAGGCAGUGGACAUGUGGUCAGUGGGCUGCAUCCUAGGGGAGCUGAGUGAUGGACAGCCUCUGUUUCCGGGUGAGAGCGAGAUAGACCAGCUGUUCACCAUCCAGAAGGUGUUGGGACCCCUUCCACCAGAACAGAUGAAACUCUUUUAUAACAACCCUCGCUUCCACGGGCUACGGUUCCCUGCCGUGAACCACCCCCAGACCCUGGAGAGAAGAUACCUGGGGAUUAUUAGUGGAGCCCUCCUGGACCUGAUGAAGAACUUGCUGCUUUUGAGCCCAACAGAGCGCUUUCUGACAGAGCAGAGCCUGAACCACCACGCCUUCCAGACCCAGCGGCUGGUGGAGCGUCCCGGCCCACCCACACCUACACCUGUGCGCUCUUCUAAGAGGAAACCUCACCAUGGAGACAGCACCACCCCCAGCAGGAGCCAUGGAGGGAAGAGCUCAGGACACCAUCGCUCCAGCAGCAGAGACUGCUCCAGCCUGCCCCGGCAUGAGGAGCUCCACCCCAGCAAUGAUGGCUUUCUCAAUGGCAACAUGUCUGCCUCAAUCAGCCUAAGUCCCACUCUGCAUCCCAAGAGCUACCAGCCACAAAUUUUUAACCACUCAACCUCAUGCAACAUGGACCUGGCCAGUAACAACUUGCCCCAUUUGCUUAGCCCUGGCGAAAGCAAGAACACAGGGGACUAUGAUGUUAGCCUGGGGUCUAAGGUGUCCGAUGGCCCUGGAGCCAAGUACCUCAAAUCCAACUCACGCUUACAGCAGAAUCGCCACUCUUUCAUAGAGGGCAAGACCAACACACUUCAGUCAGGGGACAAGCACAGUCGACACAGCUACAUGGAGUCCCAUAGCUCCACACCUUCUUCCUCCAAGUUCGCCUAUCUGAACUUGUCCAAGAGCCAUGGUGCGCUCAGUGAUGCCAAGUCAGUGGGGAACCUGAAUGAGGUGCACCUCUUGGCUGAUGAACCAACGUCUCGCUACUUUCCUUCAAGUUGCCUUGACCUCACUGCACCAAGCAGCCCGUCAGCCCGGCGUGGUGACAGGUUAGAGCACAGCAUAACAAGCCGGGGCAGUACACGCUCUGAGAGAGAGAGCAAUACACUGGAUUCAUCCUACCGCCGCUCCUCUUUCCGCCACAAGGCCUCAGAGGACAUGAAGUCUCCAGACAACCUGGACGCUGGGGAGAGCAGUGGUGGCGGGAGCCACGCUCACUCCCUGUCCACCCCACAUGAUGCUCUGUCCUAUGGUCAGGGAUACACCAGCCCUUUCUCCUCCCAGCAGCGCCCGCACCGCCACUCCAUGUACGUGCGAAGGGACCACCAGAAAACGCAUGGAGCAGACGAGGCACUGGCAGUGGGGCAGGGCGUGCCCACCAGAGCCAGCAGCCUCCAGCUCCUCUCUCCACAGCUUCAGCACCGCACGCUGCCCCACCACUCAGGAGGGUCCUCCAGAGAAGAGGACAUGAGUAGGAGCGAACAGACACCCACUGAGGUCACCCACAACAGACCCCCAAUCAGGGACUCCACCCGGGACAACACCGCCUCUUUUCACAUGCAGCGGCAAAAAAGCGAGGUUGGACUGUAUCAUGACCAGCAAACCGAGGAUGGGGGCUCUUCCAAAGAGAACCGCAGCAUCUACAGCGAUUCAAUGCCAAGGAGGGUGGGAAGCUUUUACAGAGUCCCUUCUCCCCGGCCAGACAACUCCUUCCAUGAUAGCAGGGGUCAAGGCAGGGGCUCCAGUGUGGCAGGAGAUGGAAGCACUUUGACUAACCAUUCCAUACGUCAAACAGCCUUUGACCCUUGGACUGGCCCGGAUACUGCAGUUUUGAACCCAUCUGAGCCAUCCAAAGAAAAGGAGAAGCAGGGUUUCUUCAGAGCAAUAAAGAAGAAAAAGAAAAAGUCCCAAAUGAUGGAAAUCCCUGAUGGAAGGCCUCCUAUGAUCAAGAAAUGUCUUUUCCCCCUGUUUAACACAAAGAAUAAUAUAAAACAUAGCUCCUCUGUGAGAGUCCUCCCUGUAGUGUCCUCUCCCAUGGUUCCCAGUGAUGGAGUUGAUCAUUCGAUCAUCCAGAAGUCAUCCAGGUCAUCUGGCCACCAGAGCAGUCGCCACAGGACCCGGGACAAGAGCAGGGACCGAGAGCAAGAGCGAGACAGAGACAGGGAAAGUGACUGGCCACCUGAGAAACUGUCAGAUGCACACUCUCAGAGUCAGCCGCUCAAGUCUCUGCGCAAGCUCCUGCACCUUUCGUCAUCUUCUUCUAGCCAAACUGCCCCAUCCGAUAUGCGCUUCCAGCCCCUACCUAACCACGCCUCUGCUAAAGGUGGUUUUAGUGAAAGUCGGGGUCACUCAGGAGUCAGUACCCCCCAGUUGAAGAGCCGACAGACAGCGUACCCGCUUCCGGGACAGCUGGAGUCCAGCUGGCACGCAUCAGCCUUAGGCCGUGCUGAGAGCAACCCCUACCCAGAGCAAAUGAGCAUUAAGGGGGGCCAAAAUGGGCAUGGCUUUGGACGGCCUUCUCGCUCUCGUAUGCCAAACCUUAACGACCUGAAAGAGACUGCUCUGUAGUCUGUCGGCCCGUAGCUCUCGGGUCCACUUCUAGCCCCGCUGGUCCCCCUCUGUUGCACACAAGCCUCUACACUUUUCACACACAACAGUAUACCUGUUGAAUGCACAUACAGUAUAUGGACACAGACAACCACUUACUAUACACAGAAAGCAAACCCUUCAGUUUUGAAUAACCACUGCUUGCAAAUAGGCCGAAAGCACAGGCCUUUUCAUGUCUUAAUUUUUUUAAAGCUUCCAUGUUUGAUAGAAUUUAUAAUUUUAUCUAUAUAAUUCUGAUUAUAAUUUUGUUAUAAAGUAUAAAUACAUUGCAGAUGAAAUAUGUAUAUAAGUAGUCGAGAUGUAGAUUUUAAUUCUAAGUAUUUUUGUUUCUAUAGAAGAAAUGGAGUACAUUUUAUUGCAUACAUACUAUGUCCUUAAGACUAUCUAAAGAUGUCUAAAUAAAUAAGAUUUUACUAAUCGUUCAAAUAGAUCAGUCCAUCCAGUUACUGUGCAUUGUUUUCAUCCCACUCAGGAUUGUAACCCUGCGGUCUUAAGAUGUGCUAUGUCAUACUGGUAGGAGAUGCUCUGAUGUGCGUUUCGCUAACCCCAAAUGGAUAGCUGUAGUUAUCCCAUUUAUGUGAACUGGUGACUACAAGAAAUGAAAAAAACACAUUUGAUUGUUUUUUCCAUAGUAUAUUGUAAGGAAUGCGAUAACCACAUUCGUAGAUAAUACCCAAUUAAUAAGAAGGAAAUGCGAUUAUAUGAGAAACGAGGUUGUGAACGGAUAAAUCUUAGUUUACACCGCCCUCUGCAGGAUAGAAUCACGUACUGCAUCGACCUGACCAACAUUUAGGAAAUGAUUUCUUUCGUAUUGAAUUUAACUGUUCCAUGCACACUAGGAGUAAUGGUGCGAAACCAGUGUUUCCAGAUGUAAUGUGGCCGUGACUUCAUUCACGUCUGUUGGAGCGAACUUUAAAAGUUCCAAGCUAAGAUUUAAGGCGAAGGUCACAGACAUUACAUUAGACAAAGAAAAAAAAUCUUUGCAUCAAAUCAAAUGUUUUUCAUCAAAUCUUUUCAGACCUGAUUAGCAAGCGUGUUGAACUUACCUUGCACAGUUCUGAAUAAACCUAAAGCGACCAGCCUAUGGCAAAGGACAUCUAAGGUUAGAUCCUGCAAAAUGUUUCUCUCCCUUUUUAAGGCACAGAGCCCCCCCCCUCAAAAAAAAUUAACAAGUAGGACCCCCAAUAUAAAAUUUUUAGGUAAAAACAUGUUUUGUGCUACUUUAAUGUACUUAGCCACUUGGAAACCAAGAAGUCAAUUAUGAAAAAAAAAAGUUUUUCCAAAGCUCAAGGGAACCUCCCUGGGGAUGGGAGCGCUGUAAUCCAUGGAUAUAUUCUGUCUGAGACAAAGUGCCAUGAAAGUAGCUUGGCAAAAUUAAAUCCCUAUUUUAUUUUGUUACUUUUUUAAGAGGCUAUGUGACAUAGCAAUAUGGCUAUUAGUCCGUGUAAAUUCCUGUUCACGUUGUGUCCAUUAUCUGUACAGUGUAUGUAAAAUGUCAGCAACUGGGCGUCAGAUGCCUCCAGAGCACAGUCCUGUCAGACAUGCCCAUUGUAUUGCAUUGUGUUGUGUAUUCCAGACACGUUGUCUUUAAGGACUGCACACACUUUGUACUUGGCACAACACACGUCUGUCUUUUAAUUAUUGUGUUGCUGAAGGAGCACAGUGUACUGUAUUAUAUUAAUACUUAUGUGUGACUAUCUGUAUGGUAAUAUUUAUAAGAGAAUAUGUUUAUCAACUGUUGACAUUAAAUUAAGUAUUAAGUUUGUGCUUUUAUUACAGACACAAAUUAGUAGCAUAGUCAAUGUUUGCAAGUCUGCUACCUUUCCCCCCCCCCACCCCCCUCAACACAGUAUUUACAGAAGGCCAGAAACUGACAGGAGAAUGCUGAACUACUUUAGAAUAUAUGUGUUUACAUAUGUAAUGGUAAAAUGGUA